GGCAUUAUCAGUUUCACUGUCGCAAUCGCCGCCGCCGCCGCCGCCGCCGCCGCCUCCCGCCGCAGCCUCAGUUGUCGCCGCCGCAGCCAUGGACAGUACAGACUCCGCCCGCCCCACGCCGUCUUCUCCAGACGCUGGCAGCGGCAGCGGUAGUGGCAGCGGCAGUGGCAGAGGGAAUUCCACCGCCGUGGCCAGCGAGCCGUGGUCAUUCGCCCGUCUGCCGCCGUCCAACAGCAAUCAGUCCAGUCAGAAUCGCCAUGACAGUCUCCCUCGUUCCAUAUUUGGCGCCAGCAGUGUUUUGCCCCUCCGCUCUCAGCAAUACGACGCUGACAGUCGAGUUGGUCCCCAUCUGCUGCCCACUGUCGUCAAGGAUGUCGACGAUGUCACAAGUCCACCUUCGUCCGCCUCCAGAGCCAGGCACGGUAGAGCCGAGUCUUCCACAUUGUCCACUUUGAGCAGACUGUUCGCCACUACUUCACCUGAUCUUUCCAGGAGCGGCUCAUGGGCCACCCCACCACGAUAUCCCUCGCCAUAUACACGCUCGUUGUACGGUGAUCGCGCGGCUGCCUUGCCGGAUCAUCUGUAUAGUCGAGGUUUGCUCUCAGGCAAGCACUCGGACAUUACUGUACAUGCGUUUGGACACGAGUAUAAGUUACAUCGCCUGAUUCUCGAUCGAGCACCCUUCUUCGCAAGUGCAUUGUCGGAACCGUGGCUGGAAUCAAAUGCUAAAUCUAUGACCGUGUGUCCCGAAGACAUUGACCCUUCCAUCUCACAGACGGCAUUCGAACUCGCUCUCAAGAGACUGUACGGAUGCAGCAACUUGGCCGAAGAGGAGCAAGAUCCAGUGGGAUUGUUCUGUGUUGGCUGUUGGCUGGAGAUGGAGGAUCUCGUCGACUCGGCCAUUGAGUCGAUGCUUCGCCAAAUGACGACUGAGACACUGUCGCCCUUGAUCAAGCUCGUGACUUCGAACUACUAUGGCAGAGCUGGUGACAAAGUCCUUGCUAGUGCCAAGUCGAUGCUCUGCAGAGACGGCUGGAAAAUGCCGCUACGCUAUUGGGACGGAAUUCCUGGCGACAUCACCCGAGAAAUAGUAGGGGGCGAUGGCUUCUUCAUAGACGGCGAGUUCGAUCGAUGGGUAUUGUCCAAACGAUUGUUGGACCGCAGGCUCAGACAGCAGGCAGUUGCUGCCAAUCUCCUGGAGCCUGGAAGUCGGCGAAAAUUGCAAAAAGUGCCCGAAAGCGCGAGCAUCAUGGCUAUCCGCUUCGAUGGCGUAUACCGCAGGGGCGACAGUGGCUCUGGUAGAGGCGACAACCUGCAGAAAUGGAUCUCACUGUACACACAUCCGGAUGUUGAACCACUGCUGGUGCUGCUCGAGGAAGGCAUCCACUAUCUCCAUUUGGAAUUCGAGCAACUGCAGUAUAUCCAGUGUGCUAAAGACUGCUUGGGAUUGCCAGUAGCCAGUACUCAGGUAAUCAGUAAUGCUCUCUGGCAGCAAAUGGAACUACGACAGAAGGUCUUGAACGCGCGUGAGGUCGAGCUGGACCUUGGUCUCAGCAUCGAAUGUACGGAAGACGCAACUCUAGGUGCAACCAGAGAAACGACGAUGUCUAUACACGCAAGUUCUGGUACCGAGCAAUCAAAGGGGAAGCGUAAAGCCACCGAAGAGACAGCACCCGACGAGGAUAUCGACAGUGGCUCGUGGGAUGGCAAUGGCAGGCCACGCAAAUUCUGGAUACCAUCGUCGGAUUGUAACAUCGUCAUGGGCGGCAACGCAGAACCCAUCAUUGCCACUUCGCAUGACACCAAUUUGCAGCGACAUGCGAGCCGACUCAGCGCGACCUUACAACCCGAAGAUGUGCAGUGGGCUGCUGACUUUGCUGCCGUGACUUCGGCGCCCCGGCCUCCACUCUCACUCGACUCGUCGCAUGUCCAGCCUGAAUCAAACACUCUCAAGUACACUCACUUUCCCCCAUUCCGAUUCUCGGCAGAGUUUCCGAACCCGAGGCUGCUUAAAGACAAGAGGCGUGUAUACAGCAGAACUGUCUUCUAUGCCGGCAGCCUUUGGAACAUCUACAUCCAGAAAGUUGCUUCAUCGAGAAGUAAGCAGCUGGGCGUCUACCUCCAUCGAGCCAAAGAGCGCGAAACCGAAGAAGUCAUCGCUGGCACAGCAGGUCUGGCGCAAGGCAAUGUUGACGAACGAAUUGGUCAAUUGGAACGAGAAAUGAUUUUGCGUAGCGAACGACGUCAACGUCGACGCAACAACAUUGGCGGUCCCGAUGGUCUUGAUGGAGAUGAGUUCGACAGCAGCGGCAGUGCUGGUGCUGACGAUGCCGACGAUGCUGCGACCGCCACGCGCACGUCGAGGAACCCCAUGGACUACAGAAGCCGCAAGCGGAGCCAGACAGACACGAGCAGCUCGCCUUCCAUGAACACCAAGGAUCACUCCAAGACUCCCAAUUUCCAUCAUCAAGAACCACACAGUAGCGACGACUCCGGCUCCGACUCGGAAACCAAGCGCCUUGCGGCCGCUGCUUCUCGUUUCCACGUCCCUACUCUUCCUCCAUAUGUCGACGCGCGGCCUACGAUACGCACAUACUUCAAAAUCUACAGCCCGAGUCGAGGGGGUCGGAUGCUUUCUGUGUACGAAUCCGCGCCGGACAAGUUUAAUUUCUCGCAGUCUUGGGGCUGGAAGUCCUCAUCACUGGGUCUAGACGAAAAUUUGCUUGAUCCUGAAGAGGAUAGGAAGGUGGAUGAGGGAGCCGACGAUGCCCAGCGGGAGAGGAUGGAGAUGAAGGGAAAGGGCGAUGGCAAGCUGAGGUUCAUGGUAGUCAUUGGAAACGUCUGACGAAAGUGCAAGGGCGAGUUGGGGGAUCAUUACGGGCUUUUUAGUACGAUUGUCCACUUGAGUGGCAGGUGAGCCUGCAGGGCUUCUGCGUGUCAUAUGAGACGGAGCAGGUUUCCUAGCGCCAUUAUCGCUUAUCUGAUCUUCGACGACAUAGACUUCCUCUUACUAUCCUUUUUCUUUUCCUUGGCAGAUUCUGCAUUUGUGAAUGGAUAAUUCGACGUUCUCUUGUCAGCUCCCGUUGUCUUGCUGACUCUGCUCCGCUCAUUCCCAAACAAACAAGUGAAGACUCCACCGCAAAACAGUGCUGCAGAGAGCAUCAUGCCGGUGCCGAAGCCGAAGCUGAAGCCAUAGCGUGUGACUUGCGCAUAGAGGUAGAAGGCUGAGAGCCCGUGAUAGAAGGUUGCGGUGAUGGCAGUCGGGGAGGCAUAGGGGUUGUCGGCGCCCUUGUCGGCGCUGGAUAAGGGCGCUACAGGCAGCAGGCCUGUCAGGAUCAAUGUGAAGACGGAGAGUGUGAGGAGUGCAAAGCCGAGCGCGCGCAGCAUGUACGUCUCGACGUCGGUGACCAGUCGUGGUUCUGAGGCCAGCAGGUUGACGAUCAGCUUGGGGGAAAGCAGGAGCGGCACGGCUUGCAGGGCCAGAUAGGCCGAAGUUGCCGCAUUGUAUGCUUGAAAGGUAUUCAUUGUCUGCUGAUCCGUGAACGAUACCGGAUUCUCUACUGGAGAGAGUGAGGUGGCUUGAGGUAGGCAGGAAGUAGAGAGGGUACAGGUAGGUAAAGCUCUGUAAUGAUGUUAUGUGGGAGACAAGUUCAGCAUGGAAUUUGUGUGUUCAUCUGAAUAAGGUAAU